AUGGGCUGGCCUUACAAGUUCCUCGACCUCUCCCGUGAGGAGGUUCAGCUUCGACGACAGACUCUGGAUCGGUACGGCAGCUACGCGCAGUUUUCGGCCUUAACGCCAAUCAUUCUUGCCUUACUUUUUCGCCUGUUCUCCUAUCUUCAGCGCCGUUGGCAAGCAAGCGCAGCCUACGAUGCCGUUCCAGACUCUCCUGAUUUGAAGAGGAGAAGGCAAAGCUGGGUUGGUAAUUUGGAUGCAAACAUCAGAAAGGGAAAAUGGUGGUUGGGCGAUGAUGUUUACUUUAUGGGACAGCAUUGGGGCCAGAAGGAUCAAUGGGUCUUCGGCGUGGCCUGGUUCGCAUGGCUACUUGUGCUGUCUGUCUUGGAAACGGGCGAGGACUACCUCCACCUUACGAAACGUUUCGGCAUCAUUGCCGUCUCACAGGUCCCAUUCCAGUACAUGCUGGCCCUAAAGAGCUUCAGUCCCAUCGCCAAGGUCUUCCAAACUUCCCAUGAGGAACUCAACAAAUGGCAUCGGGUACUCUCUCGAGUGACACUGUCCCUUCUAGUUCUCCAUGCCAUGUUCUAUAUGAAUUUCUUCGUCGAGAAGGGCAUCCUUCAACGCCGCCUAUUCGCACCCGUCGUCUUUGCUGGCGUCGUCGCCUUUGCAGCCAUGAACAUGAUGACCUCAACAGCUGCUGCUGCCGUUCGAAGGUACUCGUACCGUGUCUUCUUCAUCACCCAUCUGAUCGGCGCAUUUGCCAUCCCGCCGUUGGUCUUCUUCCAUGCCAAGUCUUCCCGGCUGUUCAUGGCCAAGGCCAUCAUUAUCUUCCUCAUCGACCUAGUCGUACGCCGCCUCCGUACCGUCAUGGCGUUUUCCAAACUCGAGACUAUCCCUGGCACCAAUCUGAUCAAGAUAUCGGCUUCAAUCCCACAAUUCAAAGUCAAUGCGUUCCGUAGCCGUCCAGGCUCUCACAUUUAUCUCAGCAUUCCUGCGGCUGCACGGCCUGGCGGUGGCCCUACGUCAUCUGGUUCUUUGCUAUAUGAGUUUCUGUUCAACCCCUUUACAGUGGCAUCAGUCGACGAGGAAACCGGUGACCUUACACUGGUUGCUCGUCAGCUCAAUGGCCCGUUGACCAAGCACCUUGGCAGCUUCGCAAAUGCAAGCACCAAUACCGACGACGGCAAAAUCCCACUCUGCAUUGAGGGCCCCUACGGUGCUGCAUCCAUUCAUUUCGAUAAGCUCAUCAGCGCGUCUGUUGACCGUGUCCUUCUGGUGGCCGGCGGCGUAGGAGCCACUUUUACUGUGCCCAUCUACCAAGCCAUCCUUCAGGAUAACCCGAACGCCAAGAUCGAGAUGGUCUGGUCCGUUCGAGGAGCCGGCGACGCAACUUGGGCCAUGGCAGCGGACAGGUCGCCCAAGAGUAUCUUUGACGAUAGCAAUGUACAGAUCUUCCUGACCGGCGACACCCUCGACUCAGAAACCACAGGGCCCAUGGCCGGCCUACCCGCUGAGACCAACCCGGAGGGUGAGAUGGAGAUGAAUCCCAUGUACCGUGACCGCAGGCGGAAUCUCUUCACCAACGAGCAUAACCGCAAGCGCCCUAAUCUGAGAAAUGUUGUCGACAACUUCUUCAGGCAGGGCGCCGAGGAGAGAGUGGCUGUGCUGGUUUGCGGGCCAUCGGAAAUGGGUAGGGAGAUGCGGGAGUACGUUGGGGCAUGGGUCAUGAAGGGUCGGGAGGUAGUGUGGCAUAAUGAGGCCUUUGGGUGGUGA